CUGAAGAUGGGAUUGCGAGCGAGAAAGAGGAGAACGCCCACCAAGGCAUCCCCAGGCCAGUGGAGCCCAAGGGUUUACUCUUGGGACUCUCCAAGGAGAAGAGUUCCCAGAGUCCUGCACAGGACCCAGGCCUCCCAUGCAGGUCAGAAAGGGUUCAGAGACCUCUGGGCAAGAGGCAAAGCCAAGUGACACUGCGUGGAAAAAACUUCAGGAGGCUGCCAGAAAUUAUCCAUCAGAGAAACCCUUCUGUGGGGAGACUGAUGAUAUGUGGGGACUGCGGGAAGAGCUUCCGGGUGAGCUCCAACCUCGUCCAGCAUCGGAGAAUCCACACUGGAGAGAAACCCUUCACCUGCGCCGAGUGCGGGGAGAGUUUCCGGCAGCGGUCGCAUCUCGUCCAGCACCACAGAAUCCACACAGGGGAGAGGCCCUACGAGUGCUCUGAGUGUGGAAAGAGCUUCAGCAUGAGCUCGAAGCUGAUCCGGCACCAGGUAACCCACACCGGGGAGAAGCCCUACAAGUGUGCCGAGUGUGGGAAGAGCUUCUCCGGGAACUCGCAGCUCGUCCAGCACCACCGAGUGCACACUGGGGAGAAACCCUACGAGUGCAGCGACUGCGGGAAGAGCUUCAGCGUGAGCUCAGCCCUGACGCGACACCAACGGGUUCACACCGGGGAGAAACCCUACGAGUGCGCGGAGUGUGGCAAGAGCUUCAGCCAGAGCUCCGAGCUCAUGAAGCACCAGCGGGUCCACACCGGGGAGAAGCCGUAUGAGUGCUCCGAGUGCGGGAAGAGCUUCACCGUGAGUUCAGCCCUCAUCCAGCACCGGCGGUUCCACAUGGGUGAGCGCCCUUAUGGAUGCACCGAGUGUGGAAAGAGCUUCACCGUGAGCUCCCACCUCAUCCAGCACCGCCGCUUCCACACCGGGGAGCGCCCAUUUGAGUGCACUGAGUGCGGGAAGAGCUUCCUGUGGAGAUCGGCCCUGCUCCGGCACCACCGGGUCCACACAGGGGAGAGGCCCUACGCCUGCGCUGACUGCGGGGACAGCUUUCGGCAGAGUGCCCACCUCAUCCAGCACCAGCGCAUCCACACCGGGGAGCGUCCCUACGCCUGUGCCGUCUGCGGGAAGGGCUUCACCGUGAGCUCUGAGCUCCUCCGGCACCAGAAGAUCCACAGGGGUGGGCAGCCCUAG